AUGGCAAUGACAAAAUAUUCUUCUAUUAGUAAACACUUAAAUAGGACUAUAAGGUAUUUAAAAGUAUUUGAAUCUAUAUCUGAAGCUCCAGCUCUCACUCAUUCCAAAAGUCGAUAUACAAAUUUCUCUCUUAUUUCACAAUGGGAACCUUUACGUAAUAUCCCGAAGUAUAUUCUUAUGAAAGAGGUUUUACUAAUGGCUCUUGGAAAAAACCCAGAAAUCUUUGAGCCGGAUUUGGAUAGAUUCCCUGUAUACUAUAUGAGCUUAAUUCAACCAAAUAAUAAGUUAUUUUCUAGGUAUUUGGGAAAUUCAGAAAAAAAGUCUAGAUAA